CUCAACUCAACUUCAGCUGGUUGCUGCUCUUGCAUCCGCCAUUCCGUUCUCCGCCAAGUCGCCUGCGAGAGAGAUUGUGAGCCCGUAAUCCAGCUGCUGUAUCAGUGAAAAACUCGCGCUGCUUCGUAUCCUUAUACUUGUAAGGAUUUCCUCCCUCGUGUGAGCACGCUCGCUUGCGAAAGAGAAGCCUAUUAGGUCAGCCAUGGAGACUCUAACAAGGUGUUCUCCAACCGGGUCGGCAUUCCUCCUCUCCAAUUCACACGAAGCUCGCCCUCUCUCGCGACGCACGGCGACUCACUCAUUCCCCUCACCGAAGCUGCACCAAGUCUCCCGUCGCAGCGUCGUUUCGGCGAUCUCCGAGGGCUCGCGAAAGUCGCAGUACUCCUCCAGCGAAUUCGCGAAACUGCCAGGCGAACUGCAGGACCUCUCGAAUCUCGUGAAGAAGCUUGCCAACGAAACGGGCCGACCUCCCCGUGCGAACUCCCCGCGCGCGGACUCCCCUCCCCCGCCCGUCAAGCCCCCCCGCUACAGCGACUUCGCGAACAACCCUGAGAACGACCUCUCGAAUAAAGCCGCCGCCGUGGCUCCCGAUGCGCCAAUUGUCGACGGUCUUCCGCCGUCUGUCGCGCGACAGAUGCCGUGGCUGCGACCGACGCCGGCGCAGCCGCCGCAAGACGCGGAGAGUGACCUGGAGGGCUUGAUACCCAAGGCGAUUUCGUCGCCUAACCUCGCGGCGCCCGCUGAUAGAACAAUGGUGCCUCGUACCGAGGUCAUCGCCAUGCGGUCGCGGCUCAACAAGAAGCUGAGCGAGUCCAACACGUACAACCGCUUCCUGCAGCGAGAGGCGCCUCAAACAUAGACUUCGCAAGCGCUCUUGACGCUU